GUUUCAUUCCUGAAACAUUGACUGACUUGCACUCCUAAUUCUGAUAUCUUCUCCAAUGCUGAUAGGAGCCCAUUGAAAUUUCCAAUUGCGAUCGGAUACUGGUUAGUUUUUCAACUUGCGACUUUCUCCGUUUGUUUCCCGGAAAGAUUUAUUACACAGACGGAAACCUCGAGAGACGAAGAAAUUGGCAGGAACAUCAAUCAUCAACAGUAAUCGGAGACGGUGUACUUUAUCGAUGGAGGGUUCGGAGCAAGUUAUACUCGAGAUCAGCUCGGAUGAGGAGAAUUGGAGCGACACGGGUGGCGGCUGCAAUACAAGGGCAAACUUUGACAGUGAUGUUACCAUGAUAGAACCUAAUUCAAAACGAUCGGUAAAUAAAAUGGUUGUUGUUGAUGAUAAAGAUGAUGAUAAAGAUGAUGAUGAUGAUGAUUGUGUGAUAUUGGAUGGUGAUCCUGAUAAGCCAGUUUCCGCCGAUGAUGACGCCAUUGGCGAUUCAGAUGAUUUGGUUGUUGUUGGAUCAAAGGGUCAGGUUGCUUGCAGAGAUUUCCCCCAUCCUCGCCAUCUCUGUGCUAACUACGAAUUUGCCACCACCCCACAUGAGAAGUACUGUAGUCAGUGCCAUUGUUAUGUAUGUGAUGAACUUUCUCCAUGUGUCAAUUGGGGCGAUGGAACCUGCAUUCUUGACCAUUGUCAUGCCACUGACAAAAUUGAGUAUUGGAAGCUAGAGAGGCAACUAUUGAAGGGAGAAAAAACAGAAGUAGCAGUUCCACCACCUCAAGCUCUACCUAGGUUGACAGCCGUCUAUUCUAUUCGUCCAUGCUCUACUACAACGGGCAAUUAUGUUGCUGAGAUAAAUCCAAAUCAGUCUAGUAACUCCCAACACCUACCCAGUUCUCAAAAUAAGAAUACCCACCAAAAUAUCAGUAUUCAUCAAGUUAAUGGUGCGAGGACAGCAUUCAAGCGGACAGGUGAGGCUAUCUUGACAACUAAUGGAACUCCCAGGCAAUUAAUUUCCCAAAUUUUCCAUAGGAAGACAAAUUUUCAAGCUUUGCGAAAAAGUGGUAAUUUAUCUUCGACUCCAUAUGAAUAUGUGAGACUGACGACCCUGCUAGACUCUGUGGAUGUUGGCUCAGUUAAUCCCUUACCCUUUCAAUCUAAUUCGAUAUGUUUGCCAGAAUCCAGCCAGAGUUUUGAUCAUUCUCACUCCCAUCCUAACGUGGGUGAGGCUACGAAUCUGCCUCAGCAGAACUCGAGUGCUUCCUUGCAGAACCCAUUGCAGUCUCAGUCCCAGAUAUCCUCUCAGCAUAAAGGGGACAAUUCCGUUUCACAUUCUCUGCCGAACUCUUGUGAAUCGAACUCGAAUGUGGAUUCAACUUUGCGUAUCAGAGAUGCCAACCUACAAAGAAAUCAGCAAACUGGUUCAGAUUUGCCUCAGCUGAACUCAAGUACUAUCUUGCAGAACCCAUUGCCGUCUCAAUCCCAGACAUUCUCUCAGCAUAAAGGGGACAAUUCCAUUUCAAAUUCUCUGCCGUAUUCACAACCAGCACCAAACUUGUAUGAGGAUUCAACUCUUCAAAUUCGAGAUGCCAACCCAGAGAUUAGUGGUUCAAAAGUUCCCAAUUUUGAUUCUAAUUGGAGAUCUAACUGCAGUGAUCAAACAGAUCAGCAAACCGGUUUUGAUUUGCCUCAAACGAACUCCAGUGCUUUCUUGCAGAACCCAUUGCCGUCUCAACCUCAGACAUCCUCUCAGCAUAAAGGGGACAAUUCCGUUUCACAUUCUCUGCCUAACUCACAGUCAGCAGCAACUUGUGAAUCGAACUCGAAUGUGGAUUCAACUUUGCGUAUCCAAGAUGCCAACCUGCAGACUAAUGGUUUGAAAGUUCCUCAUUUUGAUUCUAAUUGGAGAUCUAGCAACAAUAAUCAAAGAAAUCAGCAAACCGGUUCGGAUUUGCCUCAGCCAAACUCGAGUGCUUUUUUGCAAAACCCAUUGCCGUCUUCCCAGACAUCCUCUCAGCAUAAAGGGGACAAUUCCGUUUCAAAUUCUUUGUCGCAUUCACAACCAGCAGCAGAAUGUGAACCAUAUAGGGGUUCACCUUUUAUCCGAGAUGCUAACCUACAGAUGAAUGGUUCAAAAAUCCCCAAUUUUGAUUCUAAUUGGAGAUCUAGCAACAUUAAUCAAAGAAAUCAGCAAACCACUUCAGAUUUGCCUCAGCUGAACUCCAGUUCUUUCUUGCAGAACCCAUGGCCGUCUCAUCCCCAGGCAUCCUUUCAGCAUAUAGGGGACAGUUCUGUUUCCAAUUCCAUUUGGUAUUCACAAUCAGCAGCAGGCUGUGAAUCAAACUCAAAUGUGGAUUCAACUUUUCGUGCCCGUAAUGCCAACCUACAUAUUAAUGGUUUGAAAGUUCCCCAUUUUGAUUAUAAUUGGAGACCUAACAACAGUAAUCAAAGAAAUCAACAAACCGGUUCAGAUUUUCCUCAGCCGAACUCCAGUGCUUUCUUGCAGAACCCAUUGCCUUCUCAAUCCCUGACAUCCUCUCAGCUUCAAGGGGACAAUCCCCUUUCAAAUUCACUGUUGUAUUCACAACCAGCUGCAAACUCGUAUGUGCAUCCAACUUCUCGUUUUCGAGAUGCCAAUGUACAGAUUAAUGGUUUGAAUGUUCCCAAUUUUGAUUCUAAUUGGAGAUCUAACAACAGUCAUCAAAGAAAUCAGCAAGGUGGUUCGGGUACCUCUCGUCAAGUUAUAUAUGAUCCCCGUUUUCCAAGCGAAACCAAUUUGGGCUCUUUGGGGUUUGAUCACGAACCUUGGAUGCUUGAUGAAUCUCUGUGUCCUAUGUCUCCUGGGUUGGAUGUAUAUCCUGGCCUAUAUUUCUAACCUCAUAGUCUCUUCGAAAUGUCACCUUUUAAGUUGUCUGUUGUGAAGACUUCUUCAUUAUCCACCACCUAUUGUAUUUUGAGAUUUAUUCAAAAUGUUAGGGUUUCUCUCUUUUAUAUUAUGUUUUGGAUUUACAUUGCCCUUUUAAACUGAAACUGGUUAGCAAAAGUGGCAGUUUUAAAAUGUCAGAAACUUGGUAUGUGUUUCUUCUUGUUGUUUGGAUUAAAAGUUGUUCUUACAUUCAAAUAAUGGUUUGUUUGAAGUUUUAAAAUGAGUUAUAUA